UAGCAAUUGUUUUGUAAAGCAACUGCUUUCUUUUCUCUUUCUUUCUAAACUGCUUAAUUAAACCCAUCCAUCAUCUACAAUAUAAGAUUUUCUUUCUUCUUCAAGUUUUCAUCUCAAAUAUCAGAUUUGCUUUCAUUACAGCUCCAGGUGCAUUCAGAGAAACAGAUAUGGACUCCACUUCUUUUGUUGCUGCUGUUGAUACUGAUAUCCCCCCUCUUCAAGAAAAGUACGAUGUGUUUCUUAGUUUCAGAGGUGAAGACACACGCGAUACUUUUACCAGCCAUCUUCACAAGGAUUUACUUCGGAAGAACAUUGACACCUACAUAGAUCGCAGGCUCGAGAGAGGAGAUGAAAUUGCUCCUGCCCUUCUAAAAGCAAUCGAGAGAUCGAAAAUUGCACUAGUCAUUUUCUCAGAAGACUAUGCUUCUUCCACAUGGUGUUUGAAAGAACUUGUGCAUAUACUUGGAUGCAAGAAAAGCCAUGGACAGAUUGUUAUACCCAUUUUUUAUCGCAUAGAUCCAUCACAUGUACGAAAACAGCAGGGAACUUAUGCACUUGAAGAUCGUCCGCUUAAGCGCAGCCGUAGGGAUGAGGUGGCCAACUGGAGGGCUGCUUUGGAGGAAGCAGCAAAUAUGUCUGGGUUUCAUUAUUCCAGCAAAACAGGGACAGAGGCCCAUUUUGUUGAGAAAGUUGUUCAAGAUGUUUUGACCAAAUUGAAUCGCGAUUUGUCAAGUGAUUUAAAGGGUCUGGUUGGAAUUGAAAAGAAAAUUGAGAAAAUUGAGUCGUUAUUAUGCUUGGAUUCACCAGGUGUUUGCUGUGUUGGUAUUUGGGGCAUGGGUGGUAUUGGCAAGACCACCCUUGCUGAUGCUGUAUUUCACAGGCACUCCUCUAAAUUUGAAGUUUGUUGUUUUCUUGCAAAUGUCAGGGAGAACUCAGAACAAACGAAUGGACUACGUCAGUUGCGAAAUACACUUGUUCGUGAAUUAUUGAAGGAUAAAGAUGUAAAUAUCAACACUCCGUCUAUUCCACCUCAUAUUCAAGAUAGGCUCAGGCGUACAAAGGCGUUCAUUGUUCUUGAUGACGUGAAUGCUCGAGAACACCUAGAAGUUCUUGUUGGUGAUCAUGAUCGGUUUUGCCAAGGAAGUCGAAUCAUUAUAACUGCUAGAGAUAAAGGCCUACUUGAGCAAAAAGUUGACCCUGCAAAGAUAUUCAGCGUUGAGGGAUUAGGUCCCGAAGAAGCUCUUGAGCUCUUUCAUUCGCAUGCUUUUGGAAAUAAGUUUCCAACAACAGAUUACACUGAGUUGUCAAGAGAGGUGGUGGAUUAUAUUAAGGGCAUUCCAUUAGCUCUUAAAGUUAUGGGGUCCUCAUUCCGUCGUUGCAAGAGCAAACAAGAGUGGGAAGUUCAAUGGAAAAAAGUGAAACGAGUUCCAAUCGGAGAAAUCCAGAAAGUGUUGAGAGUAAGUUACGAUGGAUUAGAUGACAAUGAGAAGGAGAUAUUUCUUGAUAUAGCAUGUUUUUGUAAAGGCUGUUUGAGGAAAAGUGUAGAAAAAAUGUUAGAUAGUUGUUAUUUCUUUUUGGAAGCAGGAAUCAAUGAUCUUAUUGAUUGGUUUCUCAUAUCAAUUUCACAAGAUAUGAGGUUUAAAAAAUUGAGAGAGGCAUCCUCAGGAGGACGGAUAGUAGAGAUGCAGUCAGUAGAAUGGAUAGAGAUGCAUGAUUUGGUGCAGGAAAUGGGUAGGGCAAUUGCUCGAAAACAAGGCAGUAGGUUGUUUAAUGCAGAUGAUGUCUAUAAAGCGUUGACAAAUAACCAGAGAGAUGGACAUGUUCAAGCCAUAUCCUUUGACAUGAAUAAGAUUGAAAAAGCCACGCUUGAAAGAUGCAAACUUCAAAAAGAUGUAUCAACUCAGAUGGCUACGUGUUAGUUAUUCAUAUCUUUGGAGUGGUUCUCUUCAUCUUCCCAAUUCUCUUAGAUAUCUUUACUGGGAGGGAUAUCCUUUGGAAUCUUUGCCAUCAAAAUUUUCUGCUCAAAAUCUUCUU